AUGACGCAAGUUGAGUUAGGGCCUUCGUUUGAGCCUCAUGUGACCGUAGUUGGCGCUCAGAGGAUGAGCAAGGCCGAUGCCUGUUCCAGAUUAGAAGCCGCCUGCAGGACCCUAACGCCUUACACCUGUUCGCUCACUCAGGUGGCCUGCGGCACCUUCUUCUACCAGUGUAUUUACGUUCUGGUCGAUCCAACACCUCAGGUUAUGCAAGCAAAUCUGAAGGCAAGUCAUUGCUUUGGCAUAGUUGACAAACCCCAGCCAUACAUGCCACAUUUAAGCCUUUUAUAUGGAGAUCUACCUGAGGAGGACAAACAGAAAGCCAAAGUGAAGGCAGAGUCAUUCAAUCAUCUUCUCUGCAAUACAGAAUUUGAGGUCUCCAGUUUAUGCUUGUACAAGACAGACACUCAAGACAAGUCGCUCCAAUCGUGGGAGAAAGUGGCCAAGUGUAAUCUUAGAGACUGCACUGAGACUGAGAAUUAUACCUAAGCUGAAAUCUCAACGA